CGGGGGGCGGCCACAUGCCGUCGCGCUGGGGACGGGAAUCCGGUGGUGAGGAGAGCUGCAGCAGGUCCAGCCAGACUCCUUCACAGUCCCCUCCUGCCUGACUGUGCGUCUUUACUUUGGAAAGCAAAGAGGUUCAGAGAUUUGGGUUUUUCCUGUGCCACUCAGUUGCUUUGUAGCUUUUCUGGCAUCACUUGUCUUCUUUUGCCCCAUCUGCACCUUGUGACCUGUUGGAGGUUAAGAUGCUGCCAGGCUGGAGACCCACAUACAGUUGGGGGCGGAGGGCCAGUGGCUGUGCCUAGAGACCGGAGAGGCUUGAUGGCAGUGGCGCAUGUGUGUCCCCAUCUGCUCUUUCACUUCCCUGUGUCCCAAAGCAUGGAUCAGUGAACCCCAGUCAGGUACACCCGUCCUCUCUGUUGUCCCACUCUGUGUGUUGGCUGGGUUGGAUUGUCGACACCACAGCCUAGGAGGUGUGGGGACCCCUCACUCCCAUCGUGGGAAUGUAUGUCGUGGCCUGUGACACCCAUGGUCUCCGUGAGGGCUGAGAGCUGUGCGGUGAGUGAUCCUCUCUUCUGUCUUGGCGGGGGAAGGUCUGUGAGGUGUGUGUCAUGCCUUGACUGGUUUGAAGAAGGCAGCACUAGGGAAGAAGGUGGAGACAAGGUUGAAGGUCAAGCUCAGUUUGUAAAGUUCUUAAGAACAAGGACGGCGACUUUGGCUCCAAAGCCUCAAGGUAGUGGCCUGCUUGACACGUCUAUCUCGGGUCCUCUCCAGGAGGACCUGGCUACCAAAGGGUCGUCUUCUGCUGCUGACCCCCAUCAAAUCCCAUCAUGCCCACAGCCCUGUGCCCCCGAGUCUUGGCUCCAAAAGAAAGUGAGGAGCCCAGGAAAAUGAGGAGCCCACCUGGAGAGAACCCUAGCCCCCAGGGGGAGCUUCCCAGCCCUGAGUCCUCUCGUCGCCUCUUCCGCCGUUUCCGCUACCAGGAGGCAGCAGGCCCCCGGGAGGCCCUGCGCCGCCUCUGGGACCUGUGCCGGGGCUGGCUGCGGCCUGAGAGGCACACCAAGGAGCAGAUCUUAGAAGUACUGGUGCUGGAGCAAUUCCUGGCCAUCUUGCCCCGGGAGAUUCAGAGCUGGGUGCGGGCCCAAGAGCCCGAGAGUGGCGAGCAGGCUGUGGCUGCCGUGGAGGCGCUGGAGCGGGAGCCUGGGAGACCCUGGCAGUGGCUCAAGCACUGUGAAGACCCUGUGGUGAUUGAUGAUGGGGACAGCCCUCUGGAACAGGAGCAGGAGCGGCUGUCAGUGGAGUCCCAGAGCAACCUUGCAAAGAGCCAGGAUGCCCAGCCUGUGGCCCUGGCACAGGGUUUUGGGCUCCCAAGCAGAGCACCAGGCCAACUCAAUGGAGACACAGUGCCACAAGAUGCUUUCCUUCUUCAGGAAGAGACUAUGAGGGAUGCACAGCAGGUGGCCACUCUCCAGCUGCCCCCGAAUCGGGCUUCUCCAUUCAAGGACAUGAUCUUGUGCUUCUCUGAAGAGGACUGGUCCCUCCUAGACCCUGCCCAGACUGGCUUCUAUGGAGAGUUCAUCAUUGAAGAGGACUGCAGAGUCUCAGUGCCUCCGAAUGACCCAGCUGCCCCGCCAGAUCUCUCCCAGGGAGAGGAGAAUGAGCCACGGGUUUCAGAGUUGCAGGACCUUCUGGGGAAAGAAGCGCCCCAGGCCUCCUACUUGGACUUUCCAAGUCUCCAGCCCUUCCAGGUGGAAGAAAGAAGGAAACAAGACGAGCUGCAGGUGCCAGAGUUCCAGACCUGCCAGCAGACGUUGCUGGCUCAAAGCACCUGCCCAGCUGGAGGCGACCCACCAUCCCUGCAGCACAGCCUGGAGGAGGAGGUGACCAUCGAGAUUGUCCUGUCCAGCUCUGGGGACGAGGACUCCCGGCACAGCCCGUACUGCCCUGAAGAGCGCGGGAGCCCCGCCCCGCGCCGGGGCAGCGCCGAGGCGGGGCCCGAAGCGCAGGCCUCCUCCAGGAAGUCCUACGUGUGCCCGAACUGCGGGAAGAUCUUCCGCUGGAGAGUCAACUUCAUCCGGCACCUGCGGAGCCGCCGGGAGCGGGAGAAGCCGCACGAGUGCUCGGUGUGCGGGGAGCUGUUCAGUGACAGCGAGGACCUGGACGGGCACCUGGAGACCCACGAGGCCCAGAAGCCUUACCGGUGUGGCGCCUGCGGGAAGAGCUUCCGCCUCAACUCCCACCUGCUGUCGCAUCGGCGGAUACACCUGCCGCCGGACGGACUCGAGCAGGUGCAGAAGAGGGAACAGGGGCCCUCGGAGGCCGGUGAGGAUCGCCCGCCGGGAAAGGGCGAGGCCAAGCCGAGCUUCCAGUGCUGCGACUGCGGGAAGGCGUUCCCGCGGCACGACCACCUGCUCCGGCACCGCAGACGCUUGCACCCGAAGGACAAAGCCCGGCCCUUUCAGUGCCGGUACUGCGUCAAAAGCUUCAAGCAGAACUGCGACCUCCUCCGCCACGAGCGCCUGCACAUGAAACGCCGGUCCAAGCAGGCCCUGAACUCCUACUGAGCGCGCGCCUGGCGCGGCCCUCUGGGCAGGUGCUUCCCUGGUCGCCCUCCCGCCGCGCCUCCCCAGGCAGAGGGCACACCUCCUCCUGCCCUUUGCUCUCAGGUAGUGUCCAGCUUUCGUGUGGUGCCAUGGUAGUCCCCUCCCUCCCCACAGGUGACGAGAGCGUGGCCACUAGACAGUCGGUUUUGUUUCUGCUGUGCCAAAAAACAGGGAGGUGUGUCACUACCAGCUUCAGCGUGCCAGGUGUGUCGGGUCUUAGGGACACCUGCCAAAUGCUCUCAAAGCUCCACGAGUGGACUGCAUCACCCCUGUGGCAGCAACCCGUUGGUCACCAGCCAACCCUCAGCACACUCCUUCCCGUCCUACCCUGCCAAACACGGCCUGGGAUUCUGAAGGUGAGAGCGGCUGCUGCAGGGUGAUGGGCAGGAGGACGUGUAGGCGCAGUGGGGAGCAGUGCCAAGCACAAUAGCCAUGCCGGGGCACAGAAGUCUGAGCCCAGGUCCCUGGCCACCAGGCCCCCGGGCGAGGAGCACUGCGCAGACCCCGAGAUUAUCAGGUGGCCCUUUUGGGCUGGAGUCCAUGGUGGGAAGCCCCAGAGCUCCUUGAGGUUGGGAAGCUUGUCAUGCCUUUUGAUUUGCCUUGGCGGCCGGUGGUGCAGGAGCAGGAGCUCAUGGAAGGCAGAGCUUGGGUUUAAAUUAUGUUGCACACCCUCCCUAAAACGUCUCUUGUCUCUGUACCCUGACGGCCCUUGGCGAAUGCUUGUGGGAUGGAAAUGGAGUUGUCAUCGUUUAAAAGGCACUUAAAUCCCUCCUCCCACUCUGUCCUGUCUAGGAAUAUGGAGCCCAGCUCCUAAUGAAGGGUUCUGUCUGGGUGAGCCAAGCCCUGAACAGAAUCUUCCAUGACUUCCUACUCUGUAGACACUUGGAGUACCCAUUGUGUUAGUUUCCUAGGGAUGUUGUAAGAAGGUACCAAACACCACGUGGCUUAGAAUGACAGAAAUGAAUUGUUCCGUAGUUUUGGAGGCAACAAGUCCCAGGACAAGGUGUCAGCAGAGUUUGUUCCUUCUGAGGGCCCUGAGGUAGAACCUACUCUAUGUCCUAGCUUCGGGUGCUUUCUUGGCAAUUGUUGGUGUUCCUUGGUGUGUACAAACAUCGCCCAAUCUCUGCCUUCAUUGUUACAUGGUGCUCUCACCGUGGCUGGUCUGUUUCCAAAUUUCCCUUUUGCAUAAAGACACCAGUCAUAUUGGAUUAGGGCCCACCCUACCUACUCCAGUAUAACCUCAUCUACAUCUGCAUCUGCAGUGGCUGUUUCCAAAUAAAGUCAUAUUCUCAAGUACUAGGGAUCGGGGCUUCAACAUUGGAAUUUUAGGGGUACACAAUUCAACCGACAACUCCAGUUAACCCUUCAGUGUGCUGUCAUUACCGAUUCGCAUAAGUCAUUACAACCAGUUAGCUGCUCACGGUUCCACUGAAGGCAGAUUCGGCCCCACGCGUCUGCACUCAGGGCUGGUAUCCUCUGCACGGAUGAUCUUAAGUCUUUAAAGUGGAGUUCUGGACUGCGGGAGACCUUUGGUAGUGAAACCUCAAGCAAUCAAAAAUGUGGUCUUACUGUUCCUGGAAGACUGGUUGUGUCAACCUGGGCCAGCAAUGAGGAGGCACCAAGGCUGUAACAUAGCAGUGGCUGAAUCUGAAAGCCACACCCAGGUAGGUAUUUUGUACUUCUGUACAUCAGAUCCCACCAUGGGCAGGAAGCCUGGGUAAAUGAAUGCAAGGUGCCUGGUGCUCUUGUCAGCCACAUAAUUUUCACAUCAAGAAGCCUUUGCCCCGAACUCAAUAAGAAAGUUAAAAAAUUUUAUAAGUACGAUUACUGUUUCUGUGUAGAUGCGUCUACAUGUCCAGGAGCAGUAAAUGCAAUAAAACCAUUUGGCCAUACUUUAAACAAGAAAUAAACUAUUGAGGCUUUUAGUUUCUAAA